UGCCUCUUCUCCUCCUACACUGACAUCUCAACCCUCGUGCUGAGCACAUCCCACAAUCACCAUGCCGCCAGGGCUGCAUGCGUGGCACAGCCUCGUGGCUCGCCACGCGAAGAGCCUCAAGGCUGCCUUAUCGAAAGGCUUACGGGCCAUCGAUGCUCAAGUCAGCGGGCAGCGAGCAGCUCAACUCGAGCCCAUCUUCGCCCGAAACGCACCGAAACAACCACUCCAUCCUCUAGCACGCAUUCGACAGAGCCAAUCCCGUCAAUAUUCGACUCCCCGACGAUUUUCUUCAGCUGGUAGCAAGCCUGGUGUCCGGUACGAUCGUGCAUCGUUCCCGAAAUCGAGGAUAGGAUCUUACGUACAGUCAUCGUCGGGACGAGCACCAUUCGCUUCGACUCUUCGACCCAAUCUGACUGGCGGGACACUCGGUCGUACAGCAGGCGGAUACUCGCACGGCGGCGGAGGGGGCGCCAGAUACUUCAGCCAUGGCCCAGCUGUACAAUCUCAAGUUGUGCAGAAUGUGUCUCAGGCUAUGCGUGCCUUCUUCACGCAAGGUCAAAAGGCCCAGUACGAUGGAGUGAACAGCAAUGGCAACAAGCGCUUCAAGGCUGUGUCUGCUUUGCAGGAAGAGACCGGCCGCAAGAUGCGCUCUGUGCCAGCUGCCACACCCGGUUCAUGGAUCGACUUCCACGUCAACCCAACUAUCACCGCACUCACUCCUCUGAGCUCCGUCGUCGGCUACACCAUGUCUCAGACCACUGAGAAGCACAACCUGAACACCGAGGGUCUCCUCGAUGUUCUGUCUGUCGACUUCUCGCGAGCUCUGAAGGAUCUGGCUGCUGUGCUCAAUGACCUCAAACGACUGUCAGCGCUCGGGGACUUACCAAUCACAUACCAGAAGGAUCAUUUAAGAGUGCACUUUCCGGGCUGUGACGCCGAUACGGUGGAACGUCUCUGCUCUGAGCUUAACGUACAGCGAGGCACUGUCACUCAAGAUCCAGCAUUUGACGCCUUCGCUGGAACCGAGAUAGCCUUACUCUUCCCAUUUGCUCCUAGCAAUGACCCGUCAGCCAUGAGCGAAGAAUCCUGUGCAAGUGAUCUCUACGACUACCCGAUCAAACCGAUGAUGGCAUCCCAAAGGCACGUUAUAAGUCUCGACGAUAUGCUGUCGGGCAGCCCAGCAUAUUCUACGCAAUCGGACACGGGUUUCGAGGACAUACUCGAAGAAGAGCAGUAUUCCAAUCCCUGGCUGUCAUCACCUGAUUAUCAGUCAGUGCACUCCGGAAGCUAUGGGUCGAACAAACACGAUCCGCUUGAAUACCAAGGCUUUGAAGGAAUCUAUCGAUUCAUUGAAGAACUGGAUUCGGUCCGGAGAUAAUGGGGACUUCAAUCUCCCAUCAUCCAGCAUCACGAUUGCAUGAAUAACAGAACUUGGCUACACCAGAGGCAUCAGAAUGAUAUCCCCACUCGCGCGUUGCUUGCAUUUCUUAUCAUAACACUACCAUGAAGUUCAUAUGGCUUGGACAACAGUUGCGUAGUAUUUCCUAUGUAGUCUAACACGAAUCAAGGCAAUUUGAAACAGUUUAACUACUCGCA